AUGCCUCAUAAAGGUCACAGUGGAGUGAACCAGCUCGGCGGAGUGUUUGUUAAUGGUCGACCAUUGCCUGAUUCGACGAGACAGAAAAUUGUGGAACUUGCUCAUAGCGGAGCCAGGCCCUGCGAUAUAUCAAGGAUUCUCCAGACCCAUGCUGAUGCAAAAGUCCAAGUAGUGGAUAAUCGAAAAGUGUCUAACGGCUGUGUCAGCAAAAUCCUGGGCAGGUAUUAUGAAACUGGAUCCAUCAGACCCAGGGCAAUCGGAGGGAGUAAACCAAGGGUAGCCACUCCUGAGGUUGUGUCCAAGAUCGCUCAGUACAAACGCGAGUGCCCGUCGAUCUUUGCUUGGGAAAUUCGAGACAGAUUGCUCUCUGAGGGGGUCUGUACUAACGACAAUAUACCAAGUGUGUCAUCGAUUAACCGAGUCCUUCGCAACCUGGCUAGCGAAAAGCAACAGAUGGGAGCAGAUGGGAUGUAUGAUAAGCUGAGGAUGCUGAACGGUCAGACAGGUGCAUGGGGUACCCGGCCAGGCUGGUAUCCGGGCAGUUCGGUGCCAGGACAGCCCAACCAAGAUGGCUGUCAGCAACAGGAAGGAGGCGGUGAAAAUACGAACUCCAUCAACUCAAAUAGCGACGAUUCAGACGAAGCACAGAUGAGGCUCCAACUCAAAAGGAAACUGCAGAGAAACAGAACAUCUUUCACUCAGGAGCAGAUCGAGGCCCUGGAGAAAGAAUUCGAAAGAACUCAUUAUCCUGAUGUGUUUGCCAGAGAACGGUUGGCGGCCAAAAUAGAUCUCCCGGAAGCUAGGAUACAGGUUUGGUUUUCCAACAGAAGAGCAAAGUGGAGGCGGGAGGAAAAACUGAGGAACCAGAGACGACAAGCUAGCAAUACCCCGAGCCACAUCCCCAUUAGCAGCAGCUUCAGUACCAGUGUUUAUCAGCCCAUCCCACAGCCCACAACUCCCGUUUCCUCUUUUGCCACAGGUGCAAUGCUGGGUCGGGCAGACACAUCCCUUACAAACACUUACAGCGCGCUCCCACCGAUGCCCAGUUUCAGCAUGGCAAACAACCUGUCUAUGCAAUCGCCAGUGUCCAGCCAAACGCCGUCUUAUUCCUGUAUGCUGCCCAACAGUCCGUCAGUUAAUGGACGCAGUUAUGACACGUACACGCCGCCUCAUAUGCAGUCACAUAUGAACCCUCAGUCCAUGGGCACCUCGGGGGCCACAUCCACAGGACUUAUCUCCCCUGGAGUGUCUGUGCCUGUUCAAGUGCCAGGAAGCGAACCGGACAUGUCUCAGUACUGGCCCCGAUUGCAGUAA